UGUUUUGCAUGCUCUGACUAGUAUAUUAAGAUAUUACUACAUCCCAAAUUUUAUGGCUGAAAUCAUGAAGGAAACACUAUAUUUGACCCAACAACGUUUGAAAAAGCUUUAAAGAGUAUCUUGUACCUACCAAGAAUGAAGCCUCUUGCUCCCAGCCAGAAAGGCUACUGUGCCCCAAUGGUUGCUGCUGUGACCUUGUUAUUUCUCUCAUUCUUUGGAUCCGUUCUUUGCAGUGAAAAUGACAAGUUCCCUGCCCUGAAUCUUUCUAAACCUAGUCACCAAGAAUUUGUCCAAAAACCAUUUACUUCAUCAGAAGUAUCAAAGGUCCAAGAAACUUUCAAGGAUGACAAGUGUCAAGAAACCUGCGAUAUCUUCACAGGAAAGUGGGUUUUGGAUUACAAAAGACAUCCUCAGUACAAACAAGAUGAGUGUCAGUUUCUUGGAGACUGGGAGAAUUGCAUAAAGAAUGGAAGGCCUGAUUCUCUAUUUCAGAAAUGGAGAUGGCAGCCUAGAGAUUGUAAUUUACCCAAGUUCAAGGCAAAAAGAUUGCUGAAGAAACUCAAGGGAAAGAGGCUUAUUUUUGUUGGAGACUCUGUGCAUAAUAACCAAUGGAAUUCCUUAGUUUGUAUGGUUCAAUCUGCUAUUCCAUCAGGCAAGAAGAGAAUUGACUAUUCUGGUUAUCCUUAUGUCUUCCGCAUUGAGCAGGAUCACCGCAAUGCCACUAUAGAGUUUUAUUGGUCACCAUUUCUAGUUGAGUCGAGUUCAGACCCUCCACCAAUGAGGGAUGGCAAGACAAUCUCUGUCAUAAUGCCUGAAUCAAUAGCAAAGCAUGGAGAUUACUGGAAACAUGCAGACUACUUGAUCUUUGACUCAUAUGCCUGGUGGGUCAAGCAUCCCACAGUCAGAGUUUUGCGAGGAUCAUUCGAUAAAGGAGACACAAAGUAUGAUGAGAUUGAACAACACAUAGCAUAUGAAAGAGCUCUGAGAACAUGGGCGAAUUUUGUGGAGCAAAAUGUCGAUCCUUCUCGCACCACUAUUUUCUUCAGCACAAUGUUUCCUCAACACUACAGAAGCGCAGAAUGGAAUGAUCCAAAGGCGACUAAUUGUUGGAAGGAGAUUCUCCCAAUUAUGGACAAUUCAAGGCCUUUGAACAUAAGCACAGACAUGAGAUUUUUCAGAAUUGCUGAAAAGGUGACUAAAUCAAUGAAAGUAGCAGUCCACUUCCUCAACAUAACGACUCUUUCAGAGUACAGAAAAGAUGCACAUAUGUCUAUUUAUACUAAUAAUCAAGAUCCAAAGCAGAAGGAUAAUCCAGCUGAUGGUGCCGAUUGUGUUCACUGGUGUCUUCCUGGAGUGCCUGAUACCUGGAAUGAGUUAUUGUAUGCCCACCUAAUUACACAUUCUUGACUCUCCAACUUAUCAUUAUGUACUCAUGUUUCAUUUAAUAUUGUCGUUGUUGAAACAAUUUUAUAAAAUUUAUUUAUAAAUUUAAAAUUAUUUA